GGUAGGGGAGGGCAGCAGUCGCUCACGUUUGUUUGAGGAGCAGCCAGGCUCGUUCUCUAUUUGUGGAUCUAUGAAUGGGAGAGUCUGAUUCCACAGUUAUUCCCCGAGACUUGUGUUUGCCCAGCCAGGCGCUGUGAAGCGUUAAAGGGAGCCGGUGGGUAUACGACGCACCCAAUGUGACCCAUGGGGAGGAGUGGCAGGCAGGGAUAGACAGGGGCAAAAACUGGCAGGGUGCGGUCUCAGUUCGCCGGCAACUCAGAUCACUUGACGUGCGCCAAAGGACGUGCUCAUUCAAAGACAGCAGCCGCAGCAGUCUCUCCGAGUCUGACAGCUCUCCCUGUGUGCGUCGGAGUCACCCUGUAUCUCUCGCUCGUAGAAUCUGUUAGAUAAAUAAAUGGACUUGCCUGCUCACUCUCAUUUCGGUGAUUUUCUCGAGAGACCAGCGUUUCGCAUUCUAUGGGCACUGAACACUUGGUAUCACUGGAUCUUUUCUCCGGCGUCUCUCCAUGACAGCCUCUGCGUAAAGCGACUUUUACGCACGGACGAUGGCGAGGAUAAGGGUGAUAAAGAAGUAGAGGUUUUGUCCUCCCCAUCUUUUACCCCGUGGGGGGGAAUAAGGUUCUUCCGGGGGGUAGUUUCUCAUUGAACGGCGAGCUGUGCCACCGUACCACUCCGUGUCGGAGUGCCCGGCGGGUUGGGGUGGAAUGCGUCUCCCCGUGGUGUUUGGGCUCCUCGUCGGCUGCGCCCUGAUUUUCGCACCUGUUAACGAGGGCUGUGGGCCGGGGAGGGGACAUGGGAAAAGGCGGCCUCCAAAGAAACUGACACCCCUUAAUUACAAGCAGUUUAGUCCAAAUGUAGCCGAAAAGACACUGGGAGCCAGUGGGAGACACGAGGGCAAGAUCACCAGGACCUCGGAGCGCUUUAAAGAGCUCACACCGAACUACAACCCCGAUAUCAUCUUCAAAGAUGAGGAGAACACAGGUGCGGAUCGACUCAUGACGCAGCGCUGUAAAGAUAAGCUGAACUCUCUGGCUAUCUCUGUAAUGAACAUGUGGCCCGGGGUGAAGCUCAGGGUGACCGAGGGUUGGGAUGAAGACGGCAAUCACUUUGAAGAUUCGCUGCAUUACGAAGGAAGAGCUGUCGAUAUCACCACCUCUGAUCGAGACCGUAAUAAAUAUGGCAUGUUGGCACGUCUCGCGGUGGAGGCCGGAUUUGAUUGGGUCUACUAUGAGUCCAAAUCUUACAUCCACUGCAGCGUCAAGUCAGAGCACUCUGUGGCUGCAAAAACCGGCGGCUGUUUUCCCGCAUCAGCUCUUGUCACCGUUGAGGAUGGAAGCGUGAAGACUAUGGACAGCUUACAGCCUGGAGAAAAAGUACUCGCUUCAUUAGAGAGCGAUGGAAGUGGGCCGCACAUCUACAGCGAAGUCAUCGCCUUCCUAGACCGCGAUCCUUCUGCAGAGAAGCAGUUCUACACCAUCAAGACGGACUCGGGUGCUAAACUGAGCUUGACAGCGGCGCAUCUCCUGUUUGUAUCCGAAGGGAACUGCUCAGGGCCAGUAGCAAGUGCAGAGCUGAAGUCUGUAUUUGCUAGUGACGUGCUGCCAGGUCAGUGCGUGGUGUCCACACGAGGAGCAGGACAGCAGGGACAUCUGUCCCGGGUCACUAGGAUCCAAAUACAGGAGGACAAGGGGGUUUUUGCGCCGCUUACCCGUCACGGCACGGUGGUGGUCAAUGGUGUGGUUUCCUCCUGCUACGCAGCCGUGGACCAGCACUGGCUGGCUCACUGGGUUUUUGGCCCACUCAGGGUACUUUCUAGCUGGGGAGGGACAGUUGGACAUCAGGCUGUGGGGAUACACUGGUAUUCCUCACUGCUGCACUGGGUUGGGACUCGUGUGCUGGAUCCAACACACUUCCAUCCCUGGAGCAUGAUGGACAAUGACAGAUGAAAACAAGCAUGGGGAAUGAGAAUGUCACGUUUUGGAAGGAUCUAAAAGAAAGCGAAGUAAGUCCUGAAAUGAAGAACACAAUCAGUUAUGACCCUGAAUAGACCCUAAAAGACUAGAAAGGAUGAAGCUAUUCAAUGGGUCGAGCCUCGUUUGAGGAAGUGGACAUUGGAUGUGACAAAAUUGAUCUUUAAAACCCAUAUUUAACACUUUUCAGAUGGGUUUUCUAUACUGCCUACACUGGAACAUUAUCACAAAUAUAUCAAGACGCACACACUUCCACUCGGAUAUCUCCUAUUCAGUCUCUUUCUCUUUUAUACACACAUACACAUUCAAUAAACAUAUCAUUAUAGGCAUGGAAGUGAGGAAACUAUAGAUGAAUUCGCUUUAUACUCAGGUAUGCAGUGACUCAACCACAGGCAAUCAGACCAACGCGGCCUGAUAAGGUUUGAGACGGAGGAGGAAGUUCUGUUAGAAAAGAAAUGAGAGUGGAAGGUACACACAAACACUCCCAUAGAACAUACACUUUACAACUGGGUUAAAGUCUUUAAACAUCAGAAAAAUGUACGUUCUGGUCCAGAGCUGUUUAUGAUAACAUGUUUUGCAUUCUUUCAUAUGGUCAGUUACAUGUUUCUCACUGUAAACGUAGAGGUGUCUGUCCCAACUUAAUCAAGUAUUUAAUGGUCACAUUGUACACUGUAUUUCUCCAUCUAGCAUACAUUAUUAGGGUGUUGAGUACUUUUAUGAAAGCUCCUUUAAGAGUUAACUCUGUGCAAUGUGUAGCAAUGUUUAUGCCAGUUUAUGUAGUCCUUAUGUGUGCUUUAUGCAGUAAUACUCAGUUUCCCAUACAACUUACUGUAUUUAUCGGUUUUGUGGCAUUAUUUACAUUUUACUUAAAGAUGUCAGAAAUUAUAUAAUAUUUGUAAAACUAUUUAAAGAUCUAUUUUUCAGAAUUAAAGAUUAUGGAAAUA